CCUUGACCUCGAAAACUUUCAAGUUUUGUAAGCUAGAAGUUUCACUUCCAACUUAGGACCUAACUGCUACAUCAACAGAAGAGGAGCAGUUGUCAUCUCCAGUGGGAUGGCAUCCCCAGCUUUACGCAGGUUAACUGGCCUACUUAGACCAUGUAGCAGGUGUAUGUCUGUCAGAGCUCUCCAAAACAAGGAUAAAGGUGGCUUUAGAGAAAGUGGAUACCUCUUAUUGGUUCUACCUGCUGCUGCAUUCGGUCUUGGCUGUUGGCAAGUAAAGAGAAGAUAUUGGAAGCUUGCACUCAUCAGUGACUUGGAGGAGAGAACUCUAGCAGAUCCUGUAGCUUUACCAGAUGACCUAGAUGAUCUGAAAGAGCUAGAGUACAGGAAGGUGUUGCUGAGGGGGGAGUUUGACCACAGCAAGGAAAUCUACAUGGUGCCUAGGUCCCUAAUAGAGGAACAACCAAACAAGGGGUUCAUGUCUGGGACAAUGGCAGACACUGGCAAAACAGGAGUACAUGUUGUCACUCCAUUCAAGCUUUCCGACAGAGAUUUGACUAUCUUAGUAAAUCGUGGCUGGGUCUCAAGGGAGAGAAAUGACCCAAAGAAGCGUGCUGAAGGCCAGCCAGAGGGUGUGGUGGACCUGAUAGGGGUUGUCCGCAUGAAUGAAAAGAGACAACAAUUUGCUCCAAAAAAUCUUGAUACAAAGAAAGGCCAGUGGUAUCACAGAGACAUCUAUGGGAUGGCUGCCACACUAGAAACAGACCCAAUAUUUGUGGAUGCUGACAGAAGUUGUACAGUGAAAGGUGGUCCAAUAGGAGGACAGACUAGAGUCACUUUAAGAAAUGAACAUUUAUCUUACAUAUUUACAUGGUAUACCUUAGCAGCAUUGAUGUUCUACAUGUGGUACAAACACUACUGGAAACCCCCUCCUGCCUCAACUAUAGCCACUUAUAUGAAUAAGAAAAGAUGACCUUGUGAAAUAAUAAAGACAUGAAACUGGAUACAAUUACGUUAUUUAAAUAUCAAUUUGGGAAUUGUCAUCGAUUAUGUAUUUUACAGACAAUUAUGUUCAUGAUGUUUUGGUACAUAGGAUUAUGCCCAUGAUGCAUCUGGUACAAAGAAUUAUGUUAAUAUUUUAUCCAGUUCAGAGGAUUGUGUUAAUGAUGUUUUGAUACAAAGGAUUAUGUCCAUGAUGUAUCCAGU